AAAUUCUCGCACAGUGUAUAUAUUAACUCGCGGAAUGUACUGAGACGCUUCAUAAUAUAUAUAUACACAUACCACUGUACAUAUUAUAUACAUAUAUAAAUCGGGCAGCUGACUUUCUCUAGUUGGAAUGAAUUUUGGAUAAGCAAAUACAAUUGUUCGAGUGUUUAAAUAGAAAAUAAAUAAACGAGUAAACAAAUAUAAAAAAAAAACAGUUAAGGACACAACAUCAAAAUGGAUGAAUUGACAAAUUUCCUCAAGCAGGCGGGAAAAGAAUUCCUAAAUGUCGCUGGUGAUGCUGCAGUGGGCGCGGCGAAAGAGGUUGUGGGUUCGGUGAUUAAUGAAAUUUUCAUCAAGAAAGAGGCUGAUACCAAACGUGUUCUUCCGAGUAUUAAAAAUAUGCGCGUUCUUGGUGAAAGAGGCAGUGGUACGCGCGUACAGGCGGACAUUCAAGAUUUUGACGCCAUUCGGAGUAUGUGCCUUGCCAAUGGCUCCUUAUUUGAAGAUCCACUGUUUCCGGCCAACAACGAAUCUCUUUUGUUUUCGCAACGGCCCGACCGACAUAUCGAGUGGAUGAGGCCACAUGAGAUCACCGAUGAUCCGCAAUUCUUUGUCGAAGGCUAUUCCCGUUUCGAUGUGCAACAGGGUGAAUUGGGCGAUUGCUGGCUGCUUGCAGCCACCGCCAACUUAACUCAGGAUCCAAAUCUCUUCUUUCGUGUUGUGCCACCAGAUCAAAACUUCGAAGAAAACUAUGCGGGCAUCUUCCAUUUUUGCUUCUGGCAAUAUGGCAAAUGGAUCGAUGUGGUCGUGGACGAUCGUUUGCCAACCUAUCGGGGUGAACUAAUGUACAUGCAUUCCACUGAGAAAAAUGAAUUCUGGAGUGCACUCUUGGAGAAGGCCUAUGCCAAAUUACAUGGCUCAUAUGAGGCCUUGAAGGGCGGCACCACUUGUGAGGGCAUGGAAGACUUUACGGGUGGUGUAACGGAAUGGUAUGAUUUGAAGGAAGCACCACAAAAUCUAUUCAAUAUUCUCCAUAAAGCAGUUGAUCGCAACUCUUUAAUGGGUUGCUCACUGGAGCCAGAUCCAAAUGUUUUGGAAGCAGAGACACGUGAAGGUCUCAUACGCGGUCAUGCCUACUCUAUAACCAAAGUGUGCUUACUCGAUAUCGCUGUGCCAAAUCGUCAGGGUAAAAUACCAAUGAUACGUAUGCGUAAUCCUUGGGGUAAUGAGGCCGAAUGGAAUGGUCCGUGGAGUGAUAGUUCACCUGAAUGGCGUUAUAUACCGGAAGAUCAAAAGCAGGAAAUCGGUUUGACAUUUGAUCGUGAUGGUGAAUUUUGGAUGUCAUUUCAAGAUUUUCUCAAUCAUUUCGAUCGAGUGGAGAUAUGUAAUUUAUCACCCGAUUCCCUAACCGAGGAACAACAGAAUAGCGGUAAGCGUCGUUGGGAAAUGUCAAUGUUUGAGGGUGAAUGGACGCAAGGUAUGACGGCGGGUGGUUGUCGUAACUUCUUAGACACCUUCUGGCAUAAUCCACAAUAUGUUAUAACACUGAUGGAUCCCGAUGAGGAUGAUGAUGAUGGCAAAUGUACCGUUAUUGUGGCGUUGAUGCAAAAAAAUCGUCGUUCGAAACGUAAUAUGGGUAUGGAAUGCUUAACCAUCGGUUUUGCCAUCUAUCAUCUAACUGAUGAGGAUAUGCAAACUAAGCCACAAGGUUUAAGUUUCUUUAAAUAUCGUGCAUCGGUGGGACGUUCACCACAUUUCAUUAAUACACGUGAGGUGUGCGCACGCUUUAAACUCCCCCCAGGUCAUUAUUUAAUUGUGCCCUCAACAUUUGACCCGAAUGAGGAAGGUGAAUUCGUUAUUCGUGUUUUCUCGGAAACUCAGAAUAACAUGGAAGAGAAUGACGACCAUGUUGGAUAUGGUAGCCCGACGGAUGAUAAGGUGUUACCAAAUUUGCCAAACCCAAUGGAUCCCAAACCGAAGGAUGCACAUAAUGAAAGUCUUUUAAAACUUUUCAAAAGUAUUGCUGGUCCCGAUAUGGAAGUGGAUUGGAUGGAAUUGAAACGAAUAUUGGAUCAUUCAAUGAAAGAUGAUUUACCAAAGACCACAAGUUAUACGCCAUUGAAUUAUAGUCAACAAAACGCCGAUUAUGGCGGCCCAGCACAGGGGAGCGAAGGCGGUGGCCUGAAUAUAUUAGCGUUACUUUGUGGACCAUUUUGUAAAGGCACGCCAUUUGAGAGCAUAUUCUCUGAAAGUAAUGAACAGAGUCCCGGAAAUGCCAAUCAAACAAAAGCGGGCGGCUAUAUUGGUUUGCCACCAGUGAUUGUGGAAGAGAAUAAUGGCUUCUCGAAAGAUGUCUGCCGCUCUAUGGUCGCCAUGAUGGAUGUCGAUCAAUCGGGCAAAUUGGGUUUUGAGGAAUUCGAAGCACUGCUAAAUGAUAUUGCCAAGUGGAAAGCGGUCUUCAAGCUAUACGAUCCGGAACAAACUGGUCGCAUUGAUGGUUUCAAAUUGCGUGAUGCACUCAAUUCAGCCGGUUAUCAUUUGAAUAAUCGUAUAUUGAAUGCAUUGGCGCAUCGUUAUGGUUCGCGUGAUGGCAAAAUUUCAUUUGAUGAUUUUCUUAUGUGUGCAGUGAAAAUUCGAACUUACAUUGACAUAUUCAAGCAACGAGACACCGAAAACAAGGAUGUGGCUACAUUCAGCAUGGACGAGUGGAUUGAAAAAACUAUAUAUUCUUAAAAUAUUCAUAAAUCAUCAUUAUUUAUAAUUAAUUGUUAUUGAUACAGAAGCGCUGAUGAGAUUCAUUUCUCGAAUUCAAGCACAUACGAUCAAAAUGUAUACCAUAAAGAAUCGUAAUACCACAAACUUUUUUCAAAACUCUCCAAAUAAUUUCGUGCUUAAAAACAAA